CGGAGGCGCCGCUGGGAGGCCCUGAGGCGGGCGGCGGGGGCAGCCGGCGAGUUCCCGGGUCGGUCAGGCGGCCGGGCCGGCUCCCCGCAGCCCGAGUCACGCUGGCGCCCGGGGACCCCCCCGAGAUGCCGGUGCGGAGCGAGUGCUGCUGCCCGGGGGGAGCCCGGGGCCGCGGGGCCGCCGCCAGCCUGGUGCCGCCGCCCCCCAUCAACACGGCGCAGCCCGGGGUCGCCACCUCCCUGCUCUACAGCGGGGCCAAGUUCCGCGGCCAGCAGCGCAGCAAGGGCAACGCCUACGAGGUGGAGGUGGUGAUGCAGCAUGUGGAUAUGGAAAACUCCUAUCUUUGUGGAUACUUGAAGAUUAAAGGCCUUACAGAGGAAUACCCGACCCUUACCACUUUCUUUGAAGGGGAAAUAAUCAGUAAAAAGCACCCCUUCUUAACGCGGAAAUGGGAUGCAGAUGAAGACGUCGAUCGUAAACACUGGGGGAAAUUCCAGGCCUUUUACCAAUAUGCGAAAACAUUUAACUCGGAUGAUUUUGAUUACGAGGAUUUGAAGAACGGGGACUAUGUCUUCAUGAGGUGGAAGGAGCAGUUCCUAGUCCCAGAUCACACGAUCAAAGACAUCAGCGGAGCUUCCUUUGCUGGGUUUUAUUACAUCAGCUUCCAGAAGUCUGCAGCAUCUAUAGAGGGUUAUUACUACCACAGGAGUUCAGAAUGGUAUCAGUCUCUGAAUCUAACUCAUGUCCCUGAGCACAGUGCACCCAUUUAUGAGUUCCGAUGACAGGUGGACAGAAUGAUACCAAGUGAAAACAACACGGGCAGGAGAGAGCGUGAUCUGCCACAAGAGAUGUGUCCCUGUCGGAGUGGGGGGGGACACGCGCUUCUCUUCUGCCCAACGGACUUGUGAAAGAAAGCAUGAAUGUCAGCCCAUCCGAUCCAAGGAGCAUGGCUGCAGGAGCUGGAGUCUCCCUCCUGCCAAGUGGCAAUUUGAUCUUUAAUCUGGUUUUAAAGCUACCUUUAAAUGCACUUUCUUUUUGCACAGCUAGUUUCUUUAUCACUGAAAUUCCUCCUGACCCCCUUCUGGAAGUUUGGUCCUAGCUGGAAUCAAGACCUUUUCCUCUGAGUAAUAAGAAAACAUAAGCUCAGCACUUUUGGUUUCGUGUUAUGCCCUAGUAUGGGUUGAAAUACAAAGAACUGUGGCCGUUCACAUUUGUCGCUCUGACUGCGCUGCCACUUCCAGAGCCUGGGCGUGUCGAUGCAUUUGCGAGGCUUUGCCUAGUGGAGAGAACUGCUGAUCUGGAGAGUCCUCUACAGAAGCAUUUGGCUGAGACAGACAAGUCUUGAAGACCUAAUGAAUCUCCAGCUCGUACUGGCUAAUGAGGUUAGCCGGAGCUGUAGAUCUCUCAGGAACGCUAGCCACUUCUGAGCUGCAAGCUGUUCCUUUGUCUCAAUAUGCCACGGGGAAUAGAUUAAAUGUAAAGACUUCCAGGCCCUCAGUAGAAGUGGAUCUGAGCUCUGCUUACUAAGUGUAUAUUUGCUCUUUACUUAAGGGUAAAAAAAUAAAAAAGACUUUUAAUAAAAAAAAUAUUUUUAUGGUUCCUCUUCCCAAGGACCCUAUGGCAAAUGCACAAUUAUUCAGAAUUACAUUUUACUGUUUUCACAUUGAAAACAGUGAAUGUCUACAUUAGUUUUUAUAUAUAUGUAUGUAAUCAACCAGCAGCUUUGGAAAAAUCAUCCUGGUACAAGUGUUUAGCAGCAUUGCAGAAAUGAUGCUAGUGAACUGUUUAGCAUUUGUACCUACUCUUCGUGCUCCACCAACAUCACUGCUUGCUAUCUUUAUACCAGGCAAAACGAAAAAAACAACAAAAAGAACAGUGGCUGUCCUACAACUUUGAAACGUUCAAGUGAAAUAACUUACGGCUUGUGUGCCAAAGUGUGCGCGUGUAUGUGUGGGGGGAGGUUUUUUUAAAGACAUUUUAAAAGUUGGCAUCAGUUGUAUAUUUAAUAUGACGCUCUAUGCGUGCAGGGCUUUCGUGGGACAACUUACCAUGCUUUUUUCUGGCUGUUUUAUGG